AUGCUGGAUGUUCAUGCCGAUCGGAAUACUUUCCAUCGUUUUGAUAAAUUUAACACCAAAUAUAAUCCUGUUGGUGAGAGUACGCUGCGUGAGAUUUUCAUUAAAACCGAUAACUACGUUGGAGGAAAAUAUUUUGCUGAUGUUUUGAAAGAGGUUUUAUCUGAUUUGGAAGAUAGUAAGUACCAACAUGCCGAACCGCGUCUGUCGAUCUAUGGGCACAAUAAAGAGGAGUGGGACAAGUUGGCCAAAUGGGCUAUUGAAAAUGAUGUUUAUUCAGUGAAUGCACGAUGCGAUGUUUAUCGUUUGAAAAAAAUGGUAAAAAACUUUGACGAAAUGCUGGAUAAUAUCUUUACACCACUUUUCGAAGUGACAAAUGAUCCGGAAUCUCAUCCACAUCUUUUUCGAUUUCUACAGCAGAUUUCCGGCAUCGAUUCCGUUGAUGAUGAGAGCAAACUUGAGCAUAUAAAAUUUGAUCGUUCAACACCGGAACCGAAGGAUUAUUGCGACGCCGAAAAUCCAUCAUAUGACUAUUAUUUAUUUUAUAUGUUUGCGAAUUUAGUAACACUCAAUGCACUGAGGCGGGAACGUGGCCUAAACACCUUUUCGUUACGGCCGCACUGUGGUGAAGCUGGACACGUGAGCCACCUCGUCACGGGUUAUCUGACGUCAGAGAGCAUUGCGCAUGGCCUAUUGCUUCGCAAAGUACCCGUUUUACAGUACUUAUUUUACUUAUCUCAAAUUGGAAUUGCAAUGUCACCGCUUAGUAACAAUUCGUUGUUCAUCAGUUAUCAUCGGAAUCCUUUACCAGAUUUUCAUAUGAAAGGGUUGAACGAAGCACUAAUGGAAGAAUAUAGCAUUGCUGCCCAAGUUUGGAAGCUCAGCAGCUGUGAUAUGUGUGAAUUAGCGCGAAAUAGUGUACUGCAAAGCGGUUUUGAAGAUAAGGCAAGACCAAACUACAAAGAGGAAGGAGUAUUAGGAAAUGAUAUCUCACGUACAAACGUUCCUGACAUCCGUGUUUCAUUCCGUCAUGAAACAUUGGUAGAUGAAUUAUGCAGUUUAUUUCGAACACUUAAUAUUCAGCAUGUAGGUAAUGAUGAUGAUGAUGGUGGUCUGAAAAUUUAA